GACGUAACUAGAACACUUUACGGCACCUGAUAGCAUCAACAACAGAGACUUUCGUUUUCUGCAGCAGGUUUCUGCUGUUGUUUGUGUAUUUUUUUAAGCUAUGGUUUAGUUUUCUUCAAAACCUGUGGCUAAAUGAGUGUUUUUGAUUUAUUUCGCGGGUUCUUCGGAGUACCUGGAGGUCAUUACCGAGGCCAAAGGGACCCCUUCUUCGAUGCAAUGACCCAUGAUGACGACGAUGAUGAUGAUGAUGAUGAAGAAGACAGGUUCUACUAUGAUGGGUUCCGGGGGGACCAGCAGGACCCCUUUGACAGUGCCUGGAGGUUUGGCUUCAGCGUUGGCCCCGACGGGAUGAGGAUGCAGGAGCCCCCAGGGUUUGGCCACGUCCUCAGGGAGAUGGAGGAGAUUUUCUCCCAGCUGGGCCGCUGGGACGGACAGUCAGAGUCUGGACACUUUGGUGUUCCCAGUAUCAUGCCACCUCCACCACCUCAGGGCAGAGCAGAGAGGGGUGCAGGGGGAUCCCGUGGGUACUCUCUCAGAGACUAUAUGCUCAAAUCCCCCAACAACGACCCACAAGGACCCCAAGCAGGGCCAUCUAGAGAGCCCAGAAAUGAUCCUUCUCAUGAGUCGCCAGAAUUUCCCAGCUCGUCGUUCCACAGCUGGACCCCUUUUUCAAAGUUUAAUGAUAUUUGGAAAAGAGGGCCACAGAAAUCUCCAGAGGAGGAGCGCAAGGAAGACAGAGAUCUGGACUCUGCAGUGUCCUCUGGUGGCUUGGAUCAGUUUCUGACGCCACCUGCUGGUCAGGCGCCGAACCAACCAAGGACCCGCUCGUUCUUCCAGUCAGUCAUGGUCACCAAGGUGGUGAAACCGGAUGGGACUGUAGAGGAGAGGCGAACAGUUCGAGACGGCCAAGGCAAUGAAGAGACCACGGUGACCCGCUCAGGAGGUCCUGGAAGCCUGAAGGGAACAGACCAUCAAACUGGACCCGUCAUAUCAGGUGGUCAAAAUCCAUUUUCGGAUAUGCGGGACGAUGACUCAUUGUUCUCCAAGUUCUUUGGAAGCUUUAAGUAACACCCAAAGUGGAAUAUAUUCUUCGGUUGACCGUAGCUUUUGUUCCUUGAAAACUUUUCAGUCCGAGUGUUUUCUCGACAGCUGUGAGUUUGCAUAUGUAUAAGAUAUAUUUGUUUACAGACAGAACACUUCUACGACCCUCAAUUGCCAAAAUGAAUGUGUUGGAUUCGGGUCUCUGGCCUGUUUAAGGUCACACCGGGGUUUUCGAACUAACCACGUAGACUAGUAACUGCCAAUCCCGAAGACACAUCAGGUUGUAAACAAUUCACAGUUACAUAUUUUAUUUUUGAACUGUCCUGUAGGAUAAGCUUGUAUGGUUUCCAGUGUGUGAUAUGUCAAAUAAAGAGUCUUAAUAUAUUUA